AAGGCCGGCAUACUGCGCAGGUGGUAGAGCAAUAGCAGUUUAUGAUUCAAUGAUCCCGUGAACCUUGGAGCUUUUCUUUGUUGUUGUUGAAAUAAUAACUAGUCGAGUUCUUGCAUUGCAUGAGACUUUGCCCUUUUCUAACUAAUCUGUUCAUAAUCUGAUCAAAACCUACACAACUAAUUUACACCUUCAUAACAUUUUUCCAUCAAAAUAGAACUUCUCCAAUAUAAUUAUUAUUAUACUACGUUAUAAUAAUAUAGCUUGUCCCAGAAAAAUAAGCGGUGUACAAAAAAGUUGAUCAAGAUCAGCUUACAACUCUUUCUUGCAUUUCAUGUGUAAUGCUUAUUGAGAUGCAUAUGCCUCUUCUUUCCUAAUCUGGUUCAGUUGUUAGUGGCUCUGGUUCAGCUGUAUGGACCUUCUCUCCUAAAUUUAUUUUAUUGUUCUUUAACGUCAUAAAUAACCUCUCUGUUUUUUAGGAAAAUAAAUAACCUCUCUGUUUACCUGUGUGCUAACUGAUUUUGUGUCUAAAUCAAAUUUAUGGCACUCUUCUCUGCUGUGUGCAUUUCAAAUUCCCACCAACAUAGCACAAGAAAUAUUCAUGGUGACGUAUGAAGGCAUACCUGUGCUACUUAUUCAAAUGUUUAUUUCUCCGUGUCUCUGAUUAAGUGGAUAACAACCUUGCUGUUGACAAACCAUAGGCCAACAUUUGGUUUUCAGUCAGAAAAAGUACUGAGCCAGCUUAAUUUCACUAUGUCUGGAAUGUCAUCUGAUGAUGCAAGUGCUGAAGUGAGGCUUGAAGGAGAAGUUUCUGGUGAAAAGGUACAAGAAACUCAAGAUCAGAAUGAAGGCAGUGGCAUGCCCUCGCCACAAGAGGAGGUACUGUCUUUUCCCGGUACCAUUUUUUUGGGGGUGAUCUUGGCCUCUUGGGUGUAUAUUAUUCAUGUUAUCUUCGUUCCAAGCUUGUAUGGGUACUCACAGGAGGCAGCAAUCAAGAAAAAAUAUGGAGGAAAAAUACCCAAAAAGUCACCACUUAUAUCGAAGGACCAUGAGCGGGCAUUCUUUGAUUCUGCUGAUUGGGCUUUAGGAAAGCAAGGUGGAAAUCCCAACAAGCCCAAAGGGCCCCUUGAAGCUCUUCGACCAAAACUCCAGCCUACUCAACAAAAUGCUCGUGCCCGCCGAUCUUCCUAUGCAUCUGCAGACAAUGAUGGUACUCCUUAUCUGCACAUCCUAAGCAGACAACUCCUUGUAUUUGAUGGUCAAUGCAGUCCCAGUCUCACACAACAUUGUCUUUUAUUUUUCCUGUAGAGAGUUUGAGUUUGCCUGCCGAGGAGCUGAUCCAGAAUGAUGAUCCAACUGAAGACAAGAACAAGGAAUAAGUAUAAUAUGCAUCGUGCUUUUUAUAGGGAAAAAUCGCGGUUCUGCUGUCAUGAUGCCAAAACUGUGCCUUGUUAAAUAACUAGCACCGGUACUUAUAGUAUGCCUGAGGUUGAGCUCUGCAGUUUUAGCUGCGGUAUAUCUGGCUUCUUCCACAUUCAGCUAUGCUUGAACCAGCUAGGAAUGAACAUUUCAUGAUGGUGGUGUUGUAGUGCCGGAUGUGUAAGAAGAAAUAAUAACAAUGAAACUUCAUAUCUUAACAACA